AUCAGUCCUCGGCUCAAAACUUGUAUACACAUUAAUUAAUAAUACAAGUUUAUUAUCCCUAAGUUCCAUAGUUAGUCGAGGGUAAAAAAAAAACACUAGUUUUUGCUUGAUUUUUUUUUAGAAAUGGCUUUGCCCAAGGUAGUUUAUCUUGGGUGUUUUCUUUUGUUGUUGGUUGUUGUGAUAGAGGCCGCGACUCCUCCAGGAAUUGCCAAAAAUCCUUCAAGAGCGUCAUGUAAGAUAAAAAAGUAUAAAAUGUGUUAUAACUUGGAGCAUGUUUGCCCUAAGUUUUGUCCUGAUAGUUGCACAGUUGAAUGUGCUUCAUGUAAGCCCAUUUGUGGUCCUGGAUCGUCGCCUCCUGAUGAUGAGUAUGUCUCUCCUCCGUCUGAUUCAGAUGAUAAAGGUGGUAAGAAAGACGAUGGUGAUGAUGAUAAAGAAGAAGGUGAUGAUAAAGGUGGUAAGAAAGAUGGUGAUGAUGAUGAUAAGAAAGGAGGUGAUGAUGAUAAAGGUGGUAAGAAAGAUGGUGAUAAAGAUGAUAAAGGUGGUAAGAAAGAUGAUGAUAAAGAUGAUAAAGGUGGUAAGAAAGAUGAAGGAGAAGAUGAUAAAGGCGGUAAGAAAGAUGGAGAUGACAAAGAUGAUAAAGGAGGUAAGAAAGAUGAUGAUGAUAAAGGAUCACCAUCCCCUUCAACUACAACUCCACCAAUCUACAAUCCUCCUACACCUACAACACCCUCUCCAUCUACUCCAACCCCACCAUCUUCACCAUCCCCAUCACCACCUUCGCCAACGCCUUCAAGCCCUACACCAUCAUCCCCAUCCCCAUCACCACCCUCUACCCCAACACCUUCACCAAAACCUCCCACACCACCAUCUCCUUCUACUACCCCUUCGAAACCAUCUUCUCCUCCUAAUUCUUCUGGUGUUGCCUCUAGAAAGAAAGUUCGAUGCAGGAAUAGUUACUAUGGACAAUGUUAUAAUCAAGAGCAUGUCUGUCCUGCUAAUUGCCCUACUUCAUGUCAAGUUGAUUGUGCCAGUUGCAAACCAGUCUGCAGUUGUGACUAUCCGGGAGCAGUAUGUCAAGACCCUCGAUUCAUAGGAGGAGACGGCAUUACCUUCUACUUCCAUGGUAAAAAAGAACUAGACUUUUGCCUUGUAACCGAUCCCGACCUCCACAUCAACGCACACUUCAUAGGAAAAAGAAACAUAAACAUGGGCCGUGACUUCACUUGGGUUCAGUCCACCGGAAUCCUCUUUGACAACCACCGUCUCUUCUUAGGUGCCAAGAAGACCUCGACAUGGGAUGAUGCCAAUGACCGCCUUUCAUUAACUUUCGAUGGAGAGCCAAUCUUCCUAGAGGAAACCCUAGGGUACAAAUGGCAAUCCACAUCUACACCACAAGUAACAAUAACAAGGGUUGAUAGUGUUACCAACAAUGUUGUUAUUGAAGUUGAAGGAAAAUUCAAGAUCACAGCUAAGGUUGUGCCUAUUACCGAGCAUGAGUCUAGGGUGCACAACUAUGGGAUAACCAAUGAAGAUUGCUUCGCGCAUCUUGACCUAGGAUUUAAGCUCUACUCAUUAACCGGUAAAGUUGAUGGUGUGUUAGGAAAAACUUAUAGGAAUGACUAUGUUAGUAAGGUGAAUGUAGGAGCAACCAUGGCAGUUGUGGGAGGCGAAAAGGAGUAUGUAACUAGUAGCAUUUUCAGUACUGAUUGUUUGGCUUCAAGGUUUAAUGGUGGCCAAGAUGAGGCUUCAUUUGAGGCCUUGGAAGUUGCUAGCAUGAACUGUGCUAGUGGCACAGGAGCUGGGGUAGUUUGUAAAAGAUAAUUACACGUCAAUAUUAUAUAUUCCCAUGCUAUGCAAGAAUAUUUGUACUAAAAAAAA